AUGAGGACGCACUCGUCGGGAUCGUCAGACGACGACGAUGCUUCUCCCGUUGAGGCACCUCAAGUCAAUUCCUCUCGUUUCAGCACGAAAGAAUCCAGAUCCUCCGCACACCCACCGAACAAGCUCGACCGCCGUCGCAGCGCCGACCGCCGACCCUCGCUUUCGACCACCCGACGUCCUAGCGGCGUCAAUUGGCGCCUACCUGAAUCGCGAAGCGGAAAUGGCGUAGGAGAAAAGCGGCCAUCGCCCGAUCGCACCGCGCCACCGUCACCUCUGGGCUUCAUCAUGACAACGGCGAACCGAAAUCUACGGACACGGGAGGUGGUCGCGGUGGAAAAGGUGCCAGAGACCGGCUCGCCAGCAGCGCGGCGACCACCAUGGAAGAGCCCAUGGGCAAUCACGUUCCUCGCGCUCGUUGCAUCGAUGAUCGGCCUAGGAUUUUUGUUCGCCGUGCUUCAUUCUUCGGCGACUCGACAGAUCGAUCCAAAAGGUUGUCGCAUGUCUUAUAUGCGCCCAUCCUACGCCAAGCUCGACGAAUUUGAUACAGAACACACGCGCCUUGCAAGCAAAUACUCCUUGUACCUCUAUCGCGAGCAAGGAAUCGACCGCGAUACCAAGGUCCGCGGCGUCCCUAUCCUUUUCAUCCCCGGCAACGCCGGAAGUUACAAGCAGGUCCGGCCCAUCGCAGCGGAAGCGGCCAACUACUUUCAUGAUGUUUUGCAGCACGACGAGUCCGCGAUCCAGGCGGGCGCGCGCAACCUAGAUUUCUUCACCGUCGACUUCAACGAGGAUAUCAGCGCGUUCCACGGCCAGACGCUGCUCGACCAAGCCGAAUAUCUCAACGAGGCGAUUCGAUACAUCCUUUCCCUUUACCUAGAUCCGCACAUUUCUGACAGGGACCCCGAUCUGCCAGACCCCACUUCGGUGAUAGUUUUGGGACAUUCCAUGGGAGGUAUUGUUGCACGCACUAUGCUAGUCAUGCCAAACUAUCAGUCGAACUCGAUCAACACCAUCAUCACCAUGUCGGCUCCACAUGCUCGUCCGCCGGUAUCGUUUGAUAGCCAGAGCGUGCAAACAUACAAAGACAUCAACGACUAUUGGAGGCGGGCCUAUUCGCAACAAUGGGCUAACAACAAUCCCUUGUGGCACGUCACUCUUGUAUCUAUUGCAGGUGGCGGUCUCGAUACCGUGGUCCCGUCCGAUUACGCGAGCGUCGAGUCACUAGUUCCGGACACGCAUGGGUUCACUGUGUUUACUUCGACAAUCCCGAGCGUGUGGACGAGCAUGGACCAUCAAGCUAUCCUUUGGUGUGAUCAAUUCCGGAAGGUGAUUGCGCAGGCGAUAUACGACGUGGUGGACGUACAUCGGGCUGCACAAACUAAGCCUCGCGCCGAGCGGAUGCAAGUGUUUAAAAAAUGGUUUCUCACCGGCAUGGAAGCAGUGGCAGAGAAGACUGCACCUCGGUCCGAGCCCACAACUCUUCUCACGGUCGACGAUAACUCCGACUCCAUCAUUGCGGAAGGGGAACGCCUAGUCUUGCGCAAUCUAGGCACUACCGGAGUUAUCCGCGCACACCUCAUGCCGAUCCCCCCCUCGGAAUCGCCGGGCGUGAAGCGCUUCACUCUUCUAACCGACGCGAAGCUUGACAAAUCAGGGGACCAUGAGAAGUUAGAGGUCAUGUUUUGCAGCGUGGUUCCGUCGCAGCCGAGUCAAUCCGGGGCCGGCCUCGCUAGCCAAAUCGAUCUAUCCAAAGGAAUUGCUGGGUCCACGCGGUUGGCUUGCAGGACAACUGGGCCGGAUGUCAUCUCACUCCCAGCGUCGACUCGUGCGACGCGUUUCCCCUUUUAUACAGAUGGGGAGAAGGAGAUCGUACCGUUUUCUUAUCUGGAAUACGGCGUAGAUGACAUCGCCGAGCAUCAGUUUGUGGCGGUGUUGGAGAAAGCAACCACGCCAACGGCCAACUUUGUGGUUGCCGAGUUCAGUGAUCAAACUCAGUCACGCCGAACACGCCACAUCUCUCUUCGAAGCCUGCUUGCCUUUGGGAUGAAGCUCCGCCUCCCUGCCGACCGACCAAUGGUCUCUGAGAUUAAGGUUCCGUCGCUCCAGUCGAGCCUGCUUGCUUACAAUCUCCGAAUCAGCCACCAAAACUGCGAUGGGAAACAAGAGCUGUUCGCCCCCUUACUGCGGCAAUACCUGGCCGAGCCUUACGAAUCCAAGUACUUUGUCAAUGCACACGAAGCGACGGUCAGCCUUCAUGGUGUUGCUCCCUACGUUCCGCCGCCGCUCACGGGGAAGUUGGAGGAAGACGGCCUGAGCUUCCAAUUCUGGACCGACCCGACCUGCAAUUCCGCCAUCCACGUUGAGCUCACUGCUGAUUAUAUGGGCAGCCUCGGCAAGCUAUACAUGCGCUACCGCACUGUCUUUGCGGCAUUUCCCCUCUUCAUCGUGGCCCUAGUCCUAAGGAAACAAUUUCGAGUAUACGACAACACAGGGGUCUUUAUCCCCUUCUUUGAGGGGCUGGAUCUGUGCCUAAGACAGUCUAUUCCCUUGAUGUUGGUUUCACUCAUCUUCCUUACGCUUGCGACACGAGACUCGACCCCGGCCAGCAGUACCAACUUCUGGCAUUGGAGAAAUGGCACAUUGUCCAUCAUGGACUUUCACCAGAACGAUCUUUUGAUCGGUACUGAGGACCCUCUGUUUCUCUUCCUGAUCCCCUUGAUCGCAAUCGUCUGCGUCGGGGUCUGUUCCAUCAUCAAUUACAUGGCACUCGCUUUGACACGGUUGCUGGGAGUCAUUGCGAACUUGAUCACAUUUCGACCCGGAUGGACUCGGAAUGAGGACAGGGGCAAGGCGGCACCCGGUGCCUUCUUGGUUCCGUCCCCUAGACGCCGCAUGAUCACGGCCGCCGUCUUGCUGCUGCUUGUCACGACGGUGGUGCCUUAUCAAUUCGCCUACCUUGUGGCUUGCCUUGCGCAACUAAUGACGACCGUCCGGGCGCAGCGCAUUGCCUCUGAGCUGCGGUCGACGGCCAACUCCAACUUCUACAACUACGCCCACUCCAUCUUUGUCCUCAUGCUCUGGGUUCUCCCCAUCAAUCUACCGACCUUCGUCGUAUGGAUACACAACCUCACCGUCCAUUGGCUUACUCCGUUCACCUCACACCACAACGUCCUCUCCGUCAUGCCCUUCAUCGUCCUUGUCGAGGCCCUUACCACGGGCAAGAUGGUCCCGCGCAUGGGCAGCCGGCUCAAGUAUGUGACCAGCAUUCUGCUGUUUUGUAUCGCCACUUAUGCAGCAGUGUAUGGCGUUACGUAUGCCUACACGUUGCAUUAUCUGGCUAAUAUCCUGGCGUUCUGGUUGGCUGUUGUUCACUCAACUUCAGACUCGUGGUCUGUAUUGGGCUUCAACGAUCUUUACACAUGGGAUACCAAGGACCGGAAAAGGGGGAAGGAGCCAUGA